AUUAACCUUUUUCUGCAUGCGGGCUUGCUGCCUUCUGGUUGCGGUACUACUGUAAGCCCCCCCUCCCCCCUCCUCCUCCUCCGCCGCUCCAUCGCCUCGCGUGCGUGCGUGCUCGUCCCCGUGCCCACGUCGAUUCUGUGGCAAGUGAUCAAUCACGUGUGAGGUUGCAAUGAGAGGGCGCAGCCCGUACUACAGUCCGCGCAGGGGCUACGACAGCCCUCCGCGCAGGGGUUAUGAUAGUCCUCCGCGAAGGAGUUAUGGCGGGAGGAGGCGCAGUCCUAGCCCUCCCCCUCGAGGUGGUCGUGGUGGGUAUGGGAGGGAACCCGAGCCUCCUACUAGUCUCCUCGUUCGCAAUAUCCCGCGCGACUGCACCGCUGACGAUCUUCGUAUUCCUUUCGAGCGUUACGGGGUUGUAAAGGACGUAUAUUUACCAAGGGACUACUACACAGGACUACCACGAGGGUUUGGAUUUGUGCAAUUUUUAGAACCACGAGAUGCUGCAGAAGCGCAGUACUGUCUGGAUCACCAGUUGAUAGCAGGACGUGAAAUUACUGUAGUGUUCGCCGAGGAGAACCGGAAGAAACCUCAAGAAAUGCGCAUAAAGGAGCGUAUCAGGGGUCGACCUGGAUUUGGAGGGCGUAGAGGAUCACGUUCACGUUCUCCACGGCGAUUUUCCCCUUCUCCCCGUGGUGGUCGCAGGUCAAGGUCACCUUCCCGAACAGGCAGGGGUCACCGCCGUAGGUCAUACACGCCCUCUCCAGGAUAUCAUGGUAAUGCUCCUUCCAGAUCACCCUCUCCUGUAAAAUCUCAUAGGAGGACGCGAGAUCGAACUCCUGAUUCGUCUAAAAGGUCUCCAUCUCCACCAUCUCGAUCUAGAGAUCCUCAAGCCCGCGCAAACGGUAGGGAUCAGUACGGUUCUCGGUCGCGAAGUCCGGGUAGUUCACCAUCGGUUCCCCCAAGAAGACGAAGGUCCCCAUCGCCGAGGCAAUACUCACCCGACGAACGGAGGCUCCAGGAGGCGGACAUGUAGAUCUCCCAACUACAUUUCAGGCAGGAAUGAAACUUGAAGAUGCUAAGACCCCUUGUGUUGGACAAACAGUUGUGCAUGAAUGAAGCGCUUCGACGUUGGGAUGUGAAGCUAUUACAACGCUUGAAAGUUUCUUUUCCUUUUCUUUUUUCUUUUUUUAGUGACGGCUUUAUAUUGAGGUCUAGAUGGCAAUACCAUUGUUGAAGACCAGCCUUCAUGCUUUGCUGAUGCUACUUUUCUGUCGGUUGAGUGGUGUUUACUAGUCAGAAAGGAUUGCCGUUUUCCCAGCUGUGUGCAAUCAGGAUAAGAGUCAUGACGGCCCUGUUAGUCUUAGGCUUGGCACAUUUGAGCUUACUGGGGCUUAGUGACUCCAGAUGUCAUCAAGUUUGUUUCAUGAGUCAAGACCUGACUCCAGCUUUUCACUUAGUUUGUGUUGUCUUAUGUAUAUUGUCAGCAUCUUAAUUGUCGAGAUUUGUGGUAUCUCUUCA